GACUUUACUGGUCGCAGGUUGCAGUAUACCUAUGUCACAAUCAGCUGAUUUUGUAGGCUUUCUCGGAACGUAUAUUUAUGCCAUACAUGCAAAGCUUGCGAAAUUUGAGUAAUAACGCACUUAGGGUGAAAUAUGCUCGCGGACAAGCCGGCGAAUAAUGGCGGACUCACAUGAUUUCAAAGUUGUUCUGUUGGGUAAAGGAUGUGUCGGCAAAACAAGCAUCGUUCUGCGGUACACUGAGGACAAAUUUAACAAUGAACAUUUAACAACUAUUCAGGCAUCAUUCCUCAAGAAGAAGUUAAAUAUCGAUGGAAAACGCAUCAAUUUAGCAAUAUGGGACACUGCAGGCCAGGAAAAGUUUCACGCCCUAGGCCCGCUUUACUACCGCUCCUCAAAUGGCGCUGUGAUAGUCUAUGAUAUAACUGAUCAAGACUCCCUGCAGAAAGUAAAGAGCUGGGUGAAGGAAUUGCGCAAAAUGCUGGGUACCGACAUUAGUUUGGCAAUUGUGGGUAACAAGACUGAUUUGGAACACGAGCGGCAGGUGGACCUCAACGAGGCAGACGCCUAUGCUCAAAAAGUCAACGCGCUCCAUUGGCACACGUCAGCGAAAGCUAACGAAGGCAUCGAAGAGUUAUUCCUCGCGCUGAUCGAGAAAAUGCUCGAAAGGCGCGCAGAACAAGAAGCGCAAAGCUCGACCCUUUCGCGGCAAGGCUCCCAGCGGAAGAAUGUCCUCGUUGUCGACGACGAGCAGCUCGAACCCACACCGAGGUCCUGCUGCAGCUCGCAGUAGCGAUACUGCAUGCCAUUUUGUUUUAUUGUUUUUCGCAUUCCUUAUUCUGUUACGUUUUUUUACUUCUCACGUGUCGUUUAGUAUUUGCGAGCACCUGCGUUUUUAAAUAUAUUUAUUUAGAUUAUUUAUAUCCAGAAUCAGUAACAUGGAUAGCAUCAAUUUAGAGACUUAAUUUGCGCGCUUUUUCUUUCGACUUUCUUGGCUUACGCAGAAAAAUUUUACAAACUUGAUAGGGAUUACUUGCGUAAAUUGGUUCUGCUCAAAAUGCAUCGUUUCCUAAUUAUUACACUGUGUGAUAUAUAAAGUUAUGAGUAAUUAUAGAUUUAUUAUUGUAUACAGAUGCAUUAUACGAAUAUUAAUACAGUAGCUUAUAAUUCAUCUUAAGUAUUCAUUCUCAUGUCAAUAGACAAUGAAAUGUCAAUGUCAAUGAAAACGUUAGAAUCAUGUAUAUAUAAACUUUAAAAUAUAACAACAACUAAAAUAA